AUGCCCUUGCCUGUGCUGCCCGUGCCUGUGCUGCCCUGUGCUGCCCGUGCCUGUGCUGCCCGUGCCUGUGCUGCCCGUGCCUGUGCUGCCCGUCCCUGUGCUGCCCGUGCCUGUUGCUGCCCGUGCCUGUGCUGCCCUGUGCUGCCUGUGCCUGUGCUGCCCGUGCCUGUGCUGCCUGUGCCUGUUGCUGCCCGUGCCUGUGCUGCCCUGUGCUGCCCGUGCUUGUGCUGCCCGUGCCUGUGCUGCCCGUGCCUGUGCUGCCCGUGCCUGUUGCUGCCCGUGCCUGUGCUGCCCUGUGCUGCCUGUGCCUGUGCUGCCCGUGCCUGUGCUGCCAGUGCCUGUGCUGCCCAUGCCUGUGCUGCCUGUGCCUGUUGCUGCCCGUUCCUGUGCUGCCCUGUGCUGCCUGUGCCUGUGCUGCCCGUGCCUGUGCUGCCUGUGCCUGUGCUGCCCUGUGCUGCCCGUGCCUGUGCUGCCCUAUGCUGCAUGUACCUGGUGCUGCUCGUGCCUCGUGCUCGCGCCCUCGUGCGCUCUGCUACUGUCUGCGCCCUCGUGCGCACUGUUUCUGCUCUCCCCCCCCCCCCCCCCCCCGUUUGCGGCUGUCGCUGA